UAAAAGCCUAUAAGUAGAACUCAAAAAUAGAGAAGUCGCUCAGUUUAUUAAAAAUAGUCUGUCAUGUCGUUAGUUGUAUUGACUUUUCUAGUACUCUGCGGAUUUUCCUUUUUGGGGCAGCAUGUGGCAGUUGCUGACUGCAGAGCAGACUCAUCUGAGCUAUGGGAGGAUGACGUGUACUUGGACGAAGGAACUUGCACUCGAAGCUUGUUGAAUGAUGAUAGGGACAAUUCAUUUGAAUCAAUUGACAAUGAUCCAAUUAUAGAGGAACCAAAAAAGAAGGAAGUGGAAAAAAAAGCCAGCCCGAAUGCGGAAGUUCAGUUCCCACUGUUUGGAAACAUAAUAAAGAUCUUCAAGUUUAUAUGGCAGGUGCUGAGUAUUUGGAUAAAUUGGAAAUAAUAAAGGCGCUAGGGCAUAUCUGUUCACAGAUCCUGCAAAUGAA